AUGGGGAAAAUCGACCCAAGCUUUUGGAUGUUUCCAGGUCAUUUUUUGAUACGAGUACGCAGAUCAGCAGCGUCAAGCAAUGUCACCAAGCCGGGCGAAUGGAAGGCACCAUAUUGGUUACGACAAAUGUGUAAUAAUGGAUGGAUUAAAGCGGGGUUUUGGAAAGUUAUGGCAAAUCAGUCGGAUCCAAGAGUUGAGUCAAAUGGGGAUGUUCUCAAAGUUGAAAAUGGAGCUGGCAAUUCCAAAAAUCACUCGGAAGACACGUUUGGAAUUUCUUGGCAAUAUUCUAGUUAG